AUUGAAAGAAACGUCUUUUGCAGUUGACACUAUAAAGAGCUUCCGCUUCUUCUUCAGGGUUUAUGCUUUCUACAUUUUGUUCCCUAUUCGUGUGCGUACGUUGUUCGUUUCAAUCUGAGAUAUUCCUAUCAUCAUGCAAUCUGAGAUAUUUACUGCAGUGAUCAGUAUAUAAAGACAAAUGAGCAGUGGUGGAAGGGCUGUGAAGCCCAAAGAGGAGGAGCAAGAUGGCAUGUCUGUCCACUCUCCUUGCAAACCUCCUCCUUCCUCUGCUUCCUCUCUCCCCAAGGAGCAGUCACAGGUUGAAUUGGAGCUGAGAUUGUUGGAAGCUCUUGAGAUUUACCCUCCAAUGAAACUACAAGGAGUACAUCGUCACUUUGUCCUUUAUGGUCUGAUGGAAUUUCUAAGGAGGAAGUUUGACAGACAAUUUUCUUCUGAGGAGGUCCUACAAUUGCUGGAUCGGUUCUACAACUUAGAAAUGCUGAAAACAGAUGAUGACGAGAUUGAUUUGCUUACUCACGAAGAAGAAUUUUCCUUGCCUCAGAGUUACUUUGUCAAGGAAGAACCCUGAGCAACAAUUUUUGGAGUAUAUACAUUUUUUGUUUCAAUCGUUAUUCAUCUUUUGAUGUGUACAGCUGGUUAUUCUAUUAUUCCUUUCCCCUCUUCCCUCUUUUGGGAUUAUAUGUUCAUGGUAGAACCCGUCAAGUGUUGCUGGUGUUCUCAUCGCUUGUCUGUCAAGUUUCACCGGUGGUUCCGGUUGGUACUCUCAAUCAUAAUGUAUUUAGCUACACUGGUUCGGAUAUAAUGCAUUUUGACUUAAAGGAUAUUAUUAGAUCGAUCGUAAA